AUGAGAUCCGACAACAUCACUGCCAGCACCAACUUCAUCCUCCUGGGGCUCUUCUCCACUUCCCACUCCAGCCUGGUCUCCUUCUCCUUCCUGGUUGGCGUUUUCAUCAUGGCCCUGAUGGAAAACACGCUUAUGAUCCUGCUCAUCCACAGGGACCCAUGCCUGCACACCCCCAUGUACUUCCUGCUCAGUCACCUCUCCUUCAUGGACAUAAUGCACAUUUCCAACAUCGUUCCCAAGGUGAUCGCUGACUUCCUGUCAGGCAGCAGAGCGAUUUCCUUCGCAGGCUGUGGGACCCAGUUGUUUCUGUCCCUCUUGAUGCUGGGCAGUGAAUGCCUUCUCCUGGCUGCCAUGUCCUGUGACCGCUAUGUGGCCAUCUGCCACCCCCUGCGCUACCCGGUACUCAUGAGUGAGAGAGUCAGUGUGCUCCUGGCUGCAGGGUGCUGGCUGGUCGGGAUCCUCAAUGCCACCAUCCACACAGGGCUGAUCCUCCACUUCCCUUACUGUAACUCUAGGGUGAUCGAUCACUAUUUCUGUGAACUUCCUGCCUUGGUGAAGUUGUCCUGUGCAGACACUUCACGCUAUGAACGAGGGGUUGAUGUGAAUGCCAUUAUUUUCCUGCUGAUCCCUCUCUCCAUGAUCUGUGCAUCUUAUGUGCAGAUUCUUCUCACCGUCCUGCAGAUGAAGUCAUCCGAGGCACGGAAGAAGGCCUUUUCCACCUGCUCCUUCCACAUGGUCGUGGUCCUAAUGUACUAUGGGCCCUUCAUGUUCACCUACAUGAUACCCAAGUCAUACCACACCCCAAGCCAGGACAAGUUGAUGGCAAUAUUCUACACCAUCGUCACACCCACCCUCAAUCCUGUCAUCUACAGUUUCCGGAACAAAGACGUCCUGACGGCCAUGAAGAACCUGCUAAGAAGUAGCUUUCUGUAUAAAAAAUGA